UACUAGGAUUAAAGAUACAAAUAAUAUUAUGUUGAAGUAUGUCUUACAAUAAUCAUUUUUAUUGUGAUAUUGUGAACUUAUCUAAUAUCUAUAAUUAUAAUUGUGGUCGAGGAUAACUUUACUGAUCAACACAUAACAUUACAAUUGUGCUGAUCAAUCAUAAUAUUAAAUCAUUAUGAUAACAAUUAUUAACAAUAAACUACUCGUAAUAAUAGCAUUAUACCUUCCUAGCCUAUAAAUAAAUGCAUAACCAAUUGACAAUAACCUUAAUAAAUGUUAAAUAAUUUAAUAAUUAUUAUUAAAGUCUUUUCUAACAAGAAUUUAUUAAAAUCGUUAUUAGUGUAAUGGUUUUAAAUUUUAAUCAUAUUUUUUUAAUGUUAUGAAUUCAUAAUUAGUAAAUUCUAAAUUCUAAGUAGUUCUAAUAGUUCAGUGAUUUAUUGUUCGGCGUGUAUACGAAGCCAUGAUUUUGAAUUCUUAAAUCAAGACGAGCUUUAUUUUUAUAUUUCUACAAUAUUCUACUGAUGAGAUUGAUUAUAUUUUGAUGCUUGUGUACUGAUUAUUCUGAUAACAUGUCUUCCGAAAACAGUAAGAAAUUUGAAUGUGAAGAGUGUAUGAAAACAUUUUCGAAAAAGAAUCAUUUGAACAAUCAUAUUUUAGCAAAACAUUCUAACACAAAAAAAUAUGAUUGCUCAAUUUGUAAGAAAUCAUUUUCCUACAAACAGUCAUUCAACAGGCAUAUGAAUGUGCAUAAAGUAGCAACUUCUCUUUACUCAUGUUCAGAAUGUGGCUAUAGUUCUCAGUUAAAAUUCAUGCUGACACGGCACAUUAAAAGUGUCCAUAUGAAUGAAAAGAACAGUCUUUUUAAAGUAUCCUGUGUGUUUUGUAAUCACCAUUGCUCCAAAAGUAAUUUAUCUGCACAUUAUGUGCUUUGCCAUCCAACAGAAAUUGUUAGUGAACAAUUAAAGUUUGAUAGCUUAGAUGAAUUUUACGCAUGGAAGUAUGAAGUUGAAGAUCAAGAUAUUAGUAGGUUUGUAAAAGCUCGAUCAACUUAUGUUGGUACAUCUGGUUCAAAACACUUAUUUUUUAAAUGCCAUCGUGAUGGAAAAUAUAAGCCUAAAGGCAAUAACAUUAGAAAAUUAAAGGCACUAGGUACCAAUAAGAUUGGUUCCUAUUGUCCAGCUAGAAUGGAUGUAAUGGUUUUUGACAACGAAGUUAGUGUACUUUAUAUUAAAACUCAUAUUGGCCAUGAUUUAGAACCAAAACGUUUAACUCUAGCCAAAAAUGAGAAAGAUUUCCUGGCUGAACAAUUAAAAAUGCCCAAUACUAAUUACAAUGAUAUUCUAAACGUUGUUAAAACUUUAAAUUCAACAAGUCGUUUGCAUCAUUUAACAAGAAAAGAUUUAGUUACAAUUAAUAGUUCUCUAAAAGAGGCUGCAAAGAGAAAUAAUACCAUGAUUAAAACCAAUGAUAAACUAGUUGACACAGUAGAAAUCAACAAUGUUUUUGAUGGUGAUCUGGUAGAUUUAUUUAAUGAUCAAAAUAACAAAAAGUCACCACUAUUAAAUUCAGAGAAUGAUUGUGUGGAAUCUGAAAAACAAAGUAUUGUUGAUGUAAAUAAUACACUAUUGACUUCAGAUCAUAUAGACUUAAAAAAUAACUAUACAAAUAAAAUUCAACCUUUAUACGAUGACUUAAACGUUGAACAACAAAUAAUAGAGUCAAAUGAACAAAUACCAAUUUUGGAAUUUAAUCAUGAAAUUUUGGAUGAUAAUCAGGUUAUAGAUUACCAACAGCAAUUGACAAAUAUUGAAAAUGAGAGAAUAAGUAUCAUGGAAAAAAUGAAGUUAAUAGUCAAUCAAAUCACUUGUAAUGAUGAAUUUGCCAUAGUUCAUCAAGGGCUAAUGAAUAUUAUGAGCACAAUUGAUGAAAGAAGGAAUGCAAUUGAUCAAGCUGUAGUCAAUGGGGAUUUAGACAAUAUAAUGAUAUUUGAUGAAAGCAUUUUACAAAAACAAUGCCAGUAGUAUCAGAUUUUCCAUUUUCCUCUGCUUGUUGUUUCAUGUCACUUGGUUUUAAAAUUUCUUGCCUCAAUAAUUGUUCGGUAUUUAUAUUUUACAAUUAUGAGAAUUCCUAUUGUACAAUUAUCUUGGGACAGUAAAGUUUCAAAAAUUGCACCU